UUCUCGCCUUUGCGGUUCCAGAACUCUCUGCUUGACUCACCGGCGGCGGCGCCGCGGCCAUCUCCGGCGAAAACCCUACCCUGCCCCGCGCCGCGGCUUUUGGUAGAUUAGUGAGUAUCAAGAGUUGAAGUCGUGGUUGGAGCGGAGGAGGCCUCGGGGAUGGUGUUCGGGCAGGUGGUGAUCGGCCCGCCGGGCUCUGGCAAGACUACCUACUGCAACGGCAUGUCGCAGUUCCUCUCCCUCCUCGGAAGGAAAGUUGCAGUUGUGAAUCUUGACCCUGCCAAUGAUGCAUUGCCAUAUGAAUGUGCUGUAAACAUUGAGGACCUGAUAAAACUCAGUGAUGUCAUGGCUGAGCAUUCGCUUGGCCCAAAUGGAGGGCUUGUUUAUUGCAUGGAUUACUUGGAGAAGAAUAUUGACUGGCUUGAGCAAAAAUUGCAGCCUCUUAUUGAAGAUCACUAUCUGUUAUUUGAUUUUCCGGGACAAGUUGAACUUUUCUUCCUUCACUCAAAUGCAAGAAGUGUUAUCAAUAAACUCAUCAAAAAGCUAAACUUGAGGCUGACUGCUGUGCACCUUAUUGAUGCCCAUUUAUGCUGUGAUCCUGGGAAGUAUGUGAGUGCUUUACUUCUUUCACUGUCAACAAUGCUACACUUGGAAUUGCCACACAUCAAUGUCUUGUCAAAGAUUGACCUCAUUGAGAACUAUGGAAAUUUAGCAUUCAAUCUUGACUUCUACACUGAUGUCCAAGAUCUUUCUUAUCUGCAACACCAUCUUGAGCAGGAUCCUCGUUCUGCCAAGUACAGGAAACUGACUAAGGAGCUCUGUGAUGUUAUUGACGAUUUUGGUUUAGUCAAUUUUUCAACUUUGGACAUCCAGGACAAGGAAAGUGUUGGCAAUCUUGUGAAGUUGAUUGACAAGAGCAAUGGUUAUAUAUUUUCUUCUAUUGACAGUAGUGCUGUUGAAUUCAGCAAAAUUGCGGCAGCGCCUCUUGAUUGGGACUACUACAGAACAGCAGAAGUUCAGGAGAAAUACAUGAAAGAUGAUGAGUUCGUGCAACAGACAAGCAGGAUGCAAUGAGGCUGGCAGUGGCGUCCCCACUUUUGUAGCACAACGGGUGAAACAUGUCAGCGUGGCAUGUCCAGAACUUUGGUUGCUAGAGAAAUGUGGAUUUGCCUGAACCUAUGUAGCUUAGCUGUAGAUGUUUUCUGAAGCUAGUUGCCUGAUGUGUUGUAGCAUGCUGUCAUUACCUUCUGGAACGAAUACGAAACACCUGGGAUGAAAUGUACUCCCAAUGAAGCGAUCUGGGCACUGGAGAAAUGUUUCUUUUUGCGAGGAAGGCAGUGCUGUUCUCUGUUGAUUUCUUGGUUUACACGACAAAGUGUACAAAAUUUCAGUUAACCUUGCACUCUUGCCUUUGUAACUAACAAGAGUGUUGCUCUGUCAUAGGGGGUAUAUUUUGGGGGAGUAUAAAGAUACAGUAGACCUACCAAUCAUAUGGAUU